UGGAUUUUUCUUUGACACUGCGAUAUUGUUGCAACUAACAGAAUGGGCCAUCGUACAAUGUUACUUGCCAUUGAUGGUGAAUUGGGCAAAGAUGACGUGGAGGCCCUUAAGUUUAUGUGCAGGGAUCUUCUUCCGCUCAAAAGGCUCAGUAAGGUUUCUUCAGGCAUUGAACUGUUUGAACUGCUGGAGAAAGAGGAUGUUCUAAAUAAAGAUGAUGUGUUUAUUGUUGCUGAACUUCUGUAUAGAAUCCAGCAAAUUGCAUUACUUAAGAAGAUCCCUAUAUCCAGAGAAGAGGUUGUGAGACAUUUACCACAGAAGGGGAGGGUGUCACAUUAUCGGCAACUGCUCUUUCAUCUGUCUGAGAACAUAACUAGAGAUGAUUUAAAAGCUGUAAAGUUUCUUUUACAAGAUCAGCUUCCCAAGUGUAAACUUGAGGAAAAUAUGACAAUGCUGGCUCUUCUGUUGGAAAUGGAGAAGCAAGAAAUGCUAACAGAAAACAAUUUGGAUACACUGCAGAAUGUGUGCCAAAUCAUCUCACAAGAUCUGGUUAAACAAAUUAACGAAUAUAAGUCGUCAUUGGUUACAGAAUUGCCACUUCCAAAACAGGAAUGCCAAAUUCAUGACAAUGAUGUUAAAAUGGUAGGACCGCAGAAGACUUGUGGGCCGCCAUGUGAAACUUCGUCUCAUGAAGAGUCAUCUGAGUUACUUUUACAAGGUGAGAAUCCUUCACUACAGAGUAGCGUUGGUGCAGAGACCAUUCCUGGCACAAUAGACCACAUGGUGACUCCAGCUUACAGAAUGAACAACACUACUCGGGGCUACUGUGUUAUUAUAAACAAUUAUCAAUUUCAGAUGCCUUUACCACCUCGAAAAGGAUCAGACACAGAUGCUGACAAUUUGAACCGUGUCUUUACAUGGCUGGGCUUUGAGGUAUUGGUGUACCGAGACAAGACUAAAGCAGGCAUUCUGACCAUCAUGAGAGAAAUGAAGAUGAAAGAUCAUAGUCUAAGAGACUGCUUUGUCUGCUGCGUUUUGACACAUGGAGAGGAUGGUAGUGUUUAUGGAACAGACGCACAGCUGGUUUCCAUUCGAGAAAUUACUGCUUUCUUUACCUGUUCUGAAUGCCAGACUCUUACUGACAAGCCAAAAUUGUUUUUUAUUCAGGCCUGCCAAGGCAAGGAGUCACAGCAGGCAUGCUUUCUCCAAGCAGAUGCAAGGAGUUCAACCACACAUACAAAUGAGGUCAAAAGUAUAAUUCCAAAUGAAGGGGAUUUUCUUGUUGGAAUGGCAACAGUGCCUGGUUAUUUGUCUUAUAGACAUAUUUGGAAUGGUACCUGGUAUAUCCAAGCACUCUGCAGACACCUACGGAUGUGUGUCCCACAGGGUGAAGAUAUAUUAAGUAUCCUUACAAAAGUGAACAGUGAAGUGAGUGGAAAACUAGCCUUCGGAGUGAACACACAGAUGCCAGAGCCAAGGUUUACACUGCGAAAACGCUUAAUAUUUCCUAUUCCAGGAAGUGUACUGGCAGAGUUUGAACCCACUGCUGGAGCUAUGCCUGAUGCAAAUCCAUAACUUGUUUGUAGUGGAAGGGACUGCAACAUGUCUCAGCUGCUUUUAUAAUAUUUAUGUGGAUACUUAAGUGGAUAAAACAUGGCUGAAUAUUAAGAGCACAAGUCCUGUUGUGCUAAGAAUGUACUUCCCUUUAAAAAGUCAGAUUUCAUUUGACAAUACUCUUCUACGAGUAGACUUCACAUCAGCAGUAAAAUGUUCCUGUGUAGGCAUGUAUGAAAUUGGAGAUUCCGAUCACAGUUUUUGAAGGCAUCAGACAAAAAAAAUUCUGCAUAAACUGUAGGUAACACUGUGGCCAAGUAUCUCCUGACCAGACCAGACUCAACACUAGCAGUUAAAAUAAUUUGAAUGUUUACAGGAAUUUAUUUUUUUUAACUGAGAUUUAGUCCUUUGAAAACAAACAAAAAAAUGUGUUCAGCCUAACUUCAGCUCAUAUGUUGCCUAUAGCCUUUGAUUCCAUUGACUGCUAUGAAGUGUUAUUAUUGGUAUCACUAUUUAAAGCCUUACAAUUCAAGAAUUUGUUUAAUGAACAACAUCCUAUAUUUGUUUGAAUGCACACUUUUUUGCACCGUUGACACUAGCUACUCCAGUGCAGGGCUUCUUAACCUAUUAGGGCCUAGGGAUAUGUAAAAGCUGUGAAGAAAUUCACCCCUACCCAGACAGUUACACAAAAAACACUGUAAGGAUGUAGAAUAGUUUGUGUGAGGAUAAUUAAUAAGUGCCAGGACUUCAGCCCAUUAUCAUAUCCACUUUAAACUCCUAGACACUGUCUUAAGAUGUCGUAUCAGUCUAUUUCAGACUUAAAAGAUCAUCUGCAUCAUGGCAAAAUAAAAUGUGACAUCUGCAUUCUAUUCCACCUUUAAUUUCUUAAAGUUUACAGGUGGCUAGAUGCAGAUCUGCUCAUAUUUUCACAUAAAAUUAUGACUUCAUGUGAAAAUAGGAGUGUAAAACAAAUGGAGCCUCACAGCCAGUCCUCUUGCCUAUCUCUGGAGUGUGGCUGUGAUGGGUGUUACUCAGUAACAUCAAGUCAGUGGUAGAAGCUGCCUGUCUCAACUUCCAUAACAUGUACAACAUCAUUAAAGGCAUUGUAGCAUACAUACCCAUUUCUCCUAACACAGCACGUAUACUGUUAAAAGGGGGAAUGGUACAUAUUUGUAUUAAUCAUGCUUCCAUUUUGUCUGCACUUUUAUGAUAUGAAUGCUUGAACACACGUAACAUACUGGCAGGCAAACUUCUUUGAUGUCUGCAGCUUUAGCCAUUUAAUAUUAAUGUUGCUUGGGGGCCUGUUCUUUGACUUUGUGUUUUUUUUUUUUUUAAACAUAGUAACUGCUGGAUAGAAUAAUACUUCUACCUCUGACCUCAUGUCAUCACAUUGCUAGACGUGAUGAUGCAGGUCUCAUCAAUUGAGCAACUGGUAGAGGAAAUAAAUGCAUUUUUAUGAAGUCUCUAAAUUUCCUGGUGGUUAUUUCAAAUUGGAGCAGCAGACCAGUGAUUUUCCAAGAGGAGCACCAGUGCAGUGGCUUUGCUGCGUAAGAUGUUCCCUGCA